GUUGCUCGCCAGCCACCUUCCUCCCCUGCGCUCUCCCGUCGCCUUCCUCGCGGCGCUCCGUCCACCUUGCUCCCCGCGCUCCGGCCGCCUUCCUCCCCACGCUCCGGCCGCUCCCUCCCACGCACGCCGGCCGACCGCAUCCCUGCUUCCAUCAGCUCCACUUCGACGGAGCCGUCAGUCCACCGGAGUACAGGGCCCAAACCCACUAUUGUGCAAGAAAAAGAAAGCAAAGCCCCAACCAUCAGCUGCUCAAUCAUCAGGUUGAAGUUAAAACAAGAUGCACAAGUUCAUCUUUUGUAUGCUUUUCAGUUCAUCUACUUCCCGAUGGAUGCAGCAAAAAGCAAGAUUCACAAGUUCAUCUUCUGGAUGCUUUUCAGUACAUCUACUUCCCGUUGGAGCGCUCUGGCCGAUCACAGCCGCCACCGCAGGCCGUUCAACGCCACCUCCAUCAGUAAAUGUUCCACUGAAAAUCAGAAUUUCUACAGAAACUGCUGCAGAUACAUGACUUAUGAGGCUACCAGAGGCUACUACACCUCCAGAUUAUUGACAGCCUGCAACUUACUUGCUUCCAACACACUAGUAACACAUUCUAAGGUCCCAAAUCGGCUACUUCAGAGCGCUGUUGCUAUUCUGUGGGUAAAGGUCCUCAUUUUGUUGAUGGCGGCAUCUUACAAAGAAAAGGAAGUUCGAGAUGGGAACACUUGUUUCAAAUGCUCACCUCCGAUUCGCGAUGCUGCCAACAAGGAAAACCUCUGGGAAGCUCUGCUGGUAGUGCAAUCUCCUAUCCAUCCCAGCUCCAACUUACUGCUGCUAACCAACUGUAUGCAUGUAAUAAAAAAGUAGGUGUUUGUUGCACAACUUCGAGUUGUCGCUACUCGGAGAUGCUACUACUAUUGCUAGCUUUGGGGUUCACAUGCUACAGCACAUGGAUCCAUGGACAAAUAAUUAAUAUGAGAGAUAGUUUGGUUGUGUCA